GUCCACAAGGACACUGGACACUGCUGGCGCAAGAUGCACUGCACCGCUGUGCUGGGUGCUGCACAGGCAGCCUCCACUGCUGCUCUCCUCCAGGCUCGGCUCCUGGGAAUGGCAAGGCGUGCCAUGGCCACCAGCCUGCUCUGCGUCCCUCCGCCCCAGGUGCUGCUUCGGCCCCUGGCUGUGCCAGAGAGGCUGCUGCUUGGGCCAGGGCCCAGCAACGUGCCCCCCCGCAUCCUGGCUGCAGGCAGCCAGCAGCUCCUGGGCCACAUGCACCCCGAGGUGCUGCAGGUGAUGGAUGAGAUCAAGGCGGGCAUCCAGUAUGCCUUCCAGACGCGGAACCGGCUGACCCUGGCCAUCAGUGGCACUGGCCACUGUGCUAUGGAGGCUGCCCUCCUCAACCUGCUGGACCGUGAUGACACUGCACUGGUGGCUGUCAACGGCAUCUGGGGACAACGUGCUGCCGACAUUGCCAGGAGGCUGGGAGCCAAUGUCCAUGAGCUGCUGAAGCCCCCAGGCGAGUACUUCACUCUGUGGGACAUUGAGGAAGGCCUGGUGCAGCACAAGCCCUCGGUGCUCUUCAUCACGCACGGCGAGUCCUCCACAGGGGUGCUGCAGCCACUGGAGGGGCUGGGCGAGCUUUGCCACCGCCAUGGCUGCCUGCUGCUUGUGGAUGCGGUGGCAUCACUCGGGGGAGCCCCCAUCUUCAUGGACCAGCAGGAGGUUGACGUCCUGUACUCGGGGUCUCAGAAAGUCCUCAACGCCCCCCCUGGCAGUGCCCCCAUCUCGUUCAGCGAGCGAGCCAGGGAGAAGAUGCUGAGGAGGAAGACGAAGCCCCUGUCCUUCUAUCUGGACAUGAGCUGGUUGGCAAACUACUGGGGCUGCGAUGGGGAGCUGCGAAGGUACCACCACACAGCACCGAUCAACAGCUUCUUCAGCCUGCGGGAAGGCUUGGCCAUGCUGGCAGAGCUGGGUCUAGAGAACUCUUGGGAACGCCACCGGGCCAACUGCACCCAGCUGUGCCAGGGGCUGUGCGACCUGGGGCUUGAGCUCUUCGUGAAGGAGGAGAAGGCAAGGCUUCCCACUGUCACCACUGUCAGGGUGCCCGAGGGCUAUGACUGGAAGGAGAUCACAGCCUUUCUCAUGGACAACUAUUCCAUUGAGAUCGCUGGGGGCCUGGGGCCCUCGGUGGGCAAGGUCCUGCGAAUCGGCCUCAUGGGCUGCAACUCGACCAGUGGCAAUGUGGACCGUGUGCUGUGUGCCCUGAGAGACGCCCUCAGGCACUGCCGCCACAGCAGGCUGUGAGCACCCCUGCAAAGGGGUCUGGACAAGGAGGUGCAGCUCUCCCCCCAUGCCUGGCUGCGAGCGGCUGGCAGGCAGAGGGGUUCCCCUGCCUCCCCAGGGUGCUGGCAGAAAACACUGCAACACCCAGCAGCCCAAGACAGAGCGAGGAGAAGGUAGAAGAGCAGGGGACAUGGAGGUGAGAGCUACAGCUCAGCAGAUGCAGGACAGGGCUCAAAACCCCUUCUCCUGUGCAGGGUCGCUCCUUACCCUGAUGGCCUGGCCCCCAUUUACUCCCCUUCCCCUGGCCCCAGUGCAUGGCAGCCUUACUGCAAGAUGACACAAGGGCUGGAUGCAGGGUCUGACCACAGGUCCCUUCCCUCCCACUGCCAUCAACUUUGGCCAUCCCUGCACCAGAGCCCAGCAGCCCAGGACGCCAGCCACCCCCCCAAGAUUAGGUACCCUGGAAUGACACACCCAGCUCUACCAGGGGAGCAGACAUGCACUUGUUUCCUGGUACCAUCUUUCCUCAAUAAAGCAACAUGGCAGUGUGCUGCUC